AUGGAUGCCGGCUGCCCGCCGAGGAUGGCCGGAUGCCCAGCGGGGGCCGACGGCGUGGAGGGCCAUGGGGAUUGCAAGCUGCCACGCAGCAACGGGGCGAUCGAAUCGGCCGGCGGCGACGCGAGCAUGUACGAUUCGCAGGACCUGGACGGUCGGGAUCUGUCGGCUGAGCACGCCGAAGAGGAGCGGCGGCUGCAGGAGGUAGUGCGCGACCGUGUGUGGCUGAUCUUUCAUCACUUCCACGACAACGCGAUGGGGAAAUUCGGGGCGGGGCCGCGCACGCUGGACGCCAACGACUUCCAUGAUAUCCUGGAGCAGUCCUUCUACGAGGAAGUAGCUCGGAUGCUGCCAGCCAACUCGGCAUCCCCCACGCAGGCAGAAAUAGAGAUCAGCAGCCAGAUUCGGUACAAGAUUGUCUUCACCCACGACUGCCAGGCCCAGUCAUGCAGCGACAUGUCCUGCCAGCUGUGCAUUAACAACCCCAAGAGGCCUUGUGGGGAUGUCAUCUACAAGAAGAAGUACUUCGAGAACGAUCUUCUGAUGGCAAAGUGCGGAGGGCCAAUAAAGAUUCGUUUGCUGGACAUCCAAACCAAUGAGUUGGUCAAGAUCAGCACCACACUGGAGCUGUUCAUCUUAAAAGGGCCAUCCUAUGACCAGAAGUUUCCAAAUGGCAUCCCCCAUUGUGCAUGUGAUGGGUUGGCACAGUGUCAGCUGCUGAUGGUUGAGCAGGAUGAGAAGGACGAAAGGGGACAGAAAGUUGUGAUUCCACUGCUCCAGUCUGACUACCUACCGAACCAGCCCAAUGGCAAAGUCUACGUUCGGCUGCAGGAUGGUGAGGCGACCCUUCCCAACGUGAAGGUCUUCAAGAGCAGCGAGGCCCUCCUGGGCGGGCGCCGGACUCCCUUCCGCUUGUAUGCUGGCGUGCCCAGGGAUGCGGCCCUGUCCCCAGAAUCUGUGAUCCCUGCCGUGGACCCCAAGGGCUUCGUGGUGGCCACCCAGAGGGCCAAGCUGCAAGAGAAGAAGGAGCGGCCAUUCCUGGACGACCCCAUCGCUAGCCUGGAGCAGAUCGGUGGCAGGCGAGUUGAGACUCUGGGGUGCCUGGGGGAGAAGAAGCUGGAGCUGCCCCACGGCACACCUGGAAAGGUGCAUGUAGUGAGGGACUUUUUGAAACUCGGGAGCAUGAUUCAAGGCCAUCCGCAGCAAAAGAAGGAGGUCUUGACGCUUCUGAAGAUGAACGAGCUGCAGUGGGCUGAGGCAUGGGAGCAUGCUGAGACAGCAGUGCAGGCAGACAACCAGCUGCGUGUGUGGUGGUUCAACCAAUCUGACCUGCAGACUGGACUGCUGUAUGAGUGUGAAACUGGGGAGGUCAAAUUGAAGCACCCUGUUGGUCUGAUACAAAUGGCCGACACGCCCCACGUUAUGCCAUGCAAGGACCUGCCUCAGGAUCAACAAGAGUGCAUAAACAACCUGCACACGAAUGCAACAGAGAACUACAACAAACCUGGGCAUCCGGGGUGGGAGGUGUACCCCUUCGACUCGGUCGAGUUCAAGACGGUUUGCUCCAGAGCCGGAGUCCCGAUAUCCGCCCUCACGCAAUAG